AUGUCCACGUUCUUUAGAGGCCCUAUUUGUGGAACAGACAACUGUCGGUCGCGGCUAUGGCGUAUCAUCGAUGGACGAAGAACAUGUCAGUACGGACACGUUAUGGAGGGAGACGUGGAGUUCAAUGACGAUGAAGAUGAUAUCAACAGCAUGGGGGUUGUUACAAGAAGGUUGAAUUUGACUACGAACGCAUCAGGCAGUUUCCGUUCAAGUAUGAAUUCGCAAUCACAGAGUAGCCAGAAAACUAGCGACUCGAUGAAAGUCUACGGAGAAGAGGCCGAUCGACUGUUUCUGAAAUGUUUCCAACACAUUCUGAAGCUGCAAUGCCGAUGGCUCAUCGUAAACCAAAAGUUUCCAGCUGUUUUUGAAGAAAUCGUCAAGAUUAUGUGGAUGCGUCUUAUGAAAUCGUUGGGCGAAGAAGACGGCUUGCAGCCCCCAACAGAGCUCAAUUCAGGCCGUAAAAAUCGUGGUGAAAAGCGUGGCAGACUGGGGCUGUCGCUGCUAUCGGGCGUAGCGCUCCUCUACAUGGCUGGCGCACACCUGAGACUACCGGUUUUCUGGCCGGACUACUUGCGUUGGAUAUGCUCCUUGAAAUUGGUGUAUUUCAAGGCAAAUUUGAACUUAGCUCCGUCGUAUCGCAGGCAAUUACCGAACUACUAUCUGCAGCUGCUGGAAGGAGGCAAAACCCCGACCGGUGUCCAAUUUUACCACAGAUUAGCCAACAUUUGCGGCCGCGUUGACAUUUACUCAAACGCGCGUGCUUUUGUCACGGUGGAGCCACUGCUACUAAAACUCCUGCUGACGUCGCGGCUUCCACCGCACAUGUUUUUUUACGCACUGGAGUUAAUCCGAGCCACAGAGACAGUAAACAGUUCCUUCGAGUUCCAAAUCCCGAAGCAUCUCCGGAGCCGUCUGACAAAAUUUUACGAGCAUCCUGAGCCGAAAGCUGCCGCCUACCUUAUCUUGGCCGUGCGAUUCAAAUUGCUGCAAAGAGACAUUUUCUUGAUCCGUUAUUGCACCGUCUGGCUACGGUUCGCAAAACCGGGGACUUUAGAAGAUCUUAUCACAGAUACUUCCUACGGACUUUCUUCCGAGAAAUCGUGGGAUCAGAAAGCCACCGAAGACUACCUGCAGUGGAUGGAGACCCACUUUCUUCCUGCUAGCACUCGCAUAGAACAUGAGUCGCAGAGCAUAGAUCAACGUAUUGCUAAUAAAAAACUGCAUGCGAUGUUUCCAGUAACAGGAGAGAGCCUCGGAGCUUCAAGGUCAGAUUCUAGCGCGGAUUUUUCCUACAUCAACCAAGUGCAGGAUGCCUACCUCUCCAUAUGUGAUGGCAUACAACACCUGCCCUGCGACCAAGACCUCUCAAGUGAAGAUCUGCAAACUUUGGCCUCACAUGUGGAGGCUCGCCUACUUACUUGGAUCGCAAACACUUUGGCUGUCACAGAGCCGCAAUUGGUCAGUUGUGUCGACCACUUACAAGCGCACAUUACGGCGCAGAAAUCUGCAUAA